AGAAAUUUUCAUUUACCUUGAAUGACUACCUUGUACUUGAAUUAAGAUCUGAUGUCAUACAAUUCUGCGUAAGAAUAGUUAUUACGUUCGAAACGCUUUAUACGUAUUGUUUAACAAAGACUUGAGCAAGGAAGUUUGUAUUAUUGUUAUAGUAUAUUUUCACAAAAUGGCGACAAAAAGGUUGAACAAGGAACUUAUAGACAUUUCUAAAUGUCCUCCACCAGGUAUUUCUGCAGGUCCAAUAAACGAUGACAUGUUCACUUGGGAGGGCAUGAUAUCAGGACCAGACAAAAGUCCAUACGCUGGAGGGGUAUUUUUCGUACGAAUAAUGUUUCCAAGUGAUUACCCUUUCAAACCCCCAAAGGUAAAAUUUACCACAAAAAUAUACCAUCCAAAUAUUAAUGGAAAUUCAGGAGAAAUCUGUUUAGAUUUACUGCGGUCACAGUGGUCGCCAGCUUUAACUAUAUCAAAAUUAUUACUUUGUAUAACAUCUUUAUUAACAAGUCCAAAUCCUGACGACCCGCUAGUUCCCGAAGCUGCAAAACUUUAUAAAUUAGAUGUGAAAAAAUACAACAAAACUGCAAUGGAAUGGACACGAAAAUAUGCCACGUAAUGUGGUCAACUGAAAUGUUAUAUAUAUAAACUUUUCUGUAUGACGAAAACUUUAUUAUUUUGCUGUUGUUUAUAAAAGAACGUUUUAUAUUGUUAAAUUACACCGUUUUUAAAGGAAUAAAUGCUCGUUAACGAAGAUA